GAUUUACGAUGAAAAUUGCUGUACUCGGAGCCACAGGUGGGACAGGCGUUCAGAUAGUGAAGCAAGCACUCGCAGGCAAGCAUGAUGUUGUUGCUAUAGUACGUAAUCCAGACAACCUUAAAGAGAUCCAGAAUCCUCGUCUCAAGGUUGUCAAUGGUGACAUUUUCUCUGAAGUCAGUUUGACUUCCCUUUUUAAGGACACUGAUGCCGUAAUUUCCUGUCUAGGCUUCAAACGAAGCUCGGCAGUAACUGGCUACACGGAGUCCAUCAAACCAAUCAUAGGAGCAAUUAGAGCUGCUAAAGUCCCAAGACUACUUGUUAUGACAGCCUAUUACACGGAAAUAUCUUCCAGCGAAAGUCAAGGGUUCCUUGUGCGAUGGCUGGUAAUACCUAUGCUUCGACCGAUUUUGAUCAACAUGAGGCAAAUGGAGAAGUACCUUGAAACAGAAUGCGGUGACAUCAAUUACACCGUUAUUCGACCCCCUGGACUAACCAAUGGAACGGCAUCAGGCCGAAAUGUUAAGUCGGAGAUUGGUGCUUAUUUCUUAAAAGAUAAAUCAAGUUCUACUAGAAUGCCUCGCGCCGACGUAGCGAAAUUUAUGAUCGACUGCCUUCCAAAAUCGGAUUUGUUUCAAAAAGCUGUCGCAAUCGGCAUUUAGUAAUAACCUGCUUUAUUGCACUUUUUUAUUUCGCAAUCAGUAACUUGCAAUUUUAUAGUCUUCAAAGAAAAAAAUACCAAUCUAAAGCGAUUGAACUUCAUUUUUAAUUUCCCCCCAUCCUUUUUCCCUUCAUGGAAAGAAAUCAAUUUGGAUAGAAGUAAUGUUCUUACUGAAGUUCAGUAGGACAUGCGUCGUUUCUACAAGAAAUUCAUCUCGCUAUGUUUUAAGUGGAUGCCAAAGUAUCCUAUUUCUUCCCAAGAAUAAGAAAAAAGCAGGAAGUUUUGAAAAAAAAAAGUUUCCGUUAGUUGAAAUUGAAUUUUAGCUUUGCUGCCUCAAAUGCCUUUUCGCUAGAUUUCCCUGUCAUUGAGUUUUUCAAACGAAGUGUCACGUGCAUGUAAAAACUCUGGCCCAGAUGCCAUAUUAGGUUUACGAGUGUACGGUCACGUCUCGCUAACUUGACCUAAGCACAGAUGUCAUGCUGAGUACUCUUUAUAGGGUAGCAUUUUGUGCUCAGGGAUAGGUAACAUCAAAGACAAAUGGGAAAAAAGAAUAGAGUGUGCAACAUAUCAUCAAGUAGCUCAUCACGAAACAUCCUCUUCACAAACAAUUAUCCUGGGAAAUGUCGUAGUUCCAUGAUACAUUUUCUUAAGAACCAUAGAAUAUCGGAUGUUGUAAUGAGAUGCUCUGUGCUCCUGCGUAAUUAACAUGCCCCGGGAUAGAGCUGUCUCCACGCAAAUAACUUAUAUAAUAAACAUGACUGCCGUGAG